AUGUCUCAGCAACCGGUUCGAGGGGUGACCAGCCUGCGUUUCAACCAAGACCAAAGCUGCUUUAGCUGUGCCAUGGAGACAGGCGUCCGCAUCUACAACGUGGAGCCGUUGAUGGAGAAGGGACACCUGGACCACGAGCAGGUGGGCAGCUUGGGCCUGGUGGAGAUGCUGAACCGCUCCAACCUGCUGGCCCUGGUGGGCGGUGGUAGCAGUCCCAAGUUCUCCGAGAUGUCAGUGCUGGUCUGGGAUGAUGCCCGGGAGGGCAAGGACUCCACGGAUAAGCUGGUGCUGGAGUUCGCCUUCCCCAAGGCAGUGCUGGCCGUGCGCAUGCGACACGACAAAAUUGUGGUGGUGCUGAGGAACCGCAUCUACGUGUACUCCUUCCCUGGCAGUCCCCGGAAGCUGUUUGAGUUCGACACCCGGGACAACCCGGAGGGGCUCUGCGACCUCUGCCCCAGCCUGGAGAGACAGCUGCUGGUGUUCCCAGGACACAAGCGCGGGAGUCUGCAGCUCGUGGACCUGGCGAGCGCAAAGCCAGGCACUUCGUCCGCGCCGUUUACUAUCAACGCCCAUCAGAGCGACGUGGCCUGUGUGUCCCUGAACCAGCCGGGCUCCAUGGUGGCCUCGGCCUCCCAGAGGGGCACCCUUAUCCGCCUCACUGACACGCAGUCCAAGGAGAAACUGGUGGAACUGCGCCGAGGCACCGGCCCUGCCACCCUCUACUGCAUCAGCUUCAGCCACGACUCCUCCUUCCUGUGCGCCUCCAGUGACAAGGGCACGGUCCACAUCUUUGCCCUCAAGGAUCCCCGCCUCAACCGCCGCUCGGCGCUCGCUCGGGUGGGCAGAGUCGGGCCUAUGAUUGGACAGUACGUGGACUCUCAGUGGAGCCUGGCGAGUUUCACAGUGCCCGCUGAGUCAGCCUGCAUCUGCGCCUUCGGUCGCAACACUUCUAAGAAUGUCAACUCUGUCAUUGCCAUCUGUGUAGAUGGGACUUUUCACAAAUAUGUCUUCACUCCUGAUGGCAACUGCAACAGAGAGGCUUUCGACGUGUACCUUGACAUCUGUGAUGAUGAUGACUUUUAA